AUGGCUGACCCUUCGAUGAACAACGGUCCCUCGCCACCACAGCGCGACGAAAAGCUUACGGCACGAGAACUGGAAGCUCUUCGGAAUAUCUCCUCUAAUGUAUGGCUGGCCCGUGUGUGUGGCUUUAUGGGCGGUAUGGGUACCACCUACUAUUUCCUUCGGCGAUCGGGACGACCCAUUAAACCGUUAGCAAAUAUCCUCUUAACACUCUCUGGCGGCUUUGCGGGCUCAUUCUUGAUGAUUCCCGUGGGCAUCGGCAUGAGCCGAUCGUCGUUGCGGUCAGUGGAAGACCCUCAACACAUGGCACGCGCUUUGCAUAACGCGAUGGAACAGAGGCGUCGUGUUGGUGGGCCGCCAGGGCCUUUGACUGAUACGCCUACCGAAGAGACGAACGAGUCUAUUGAUUUGCCAGCAUCGGAAGCAGAUUGGUCGACAGUGAAUCCCUCGUCCUCGCCGGACGUAUCAAGCUCCACCGACGCGAGCGGAGCAUCAGCAGUAUCGCGCUGGGAUGAGCUUCGUCGUGACCGUACGAGCACACCAAGUAUGUGGGAGCAGAUCCGCCAGAACAAUGCUCGUAACUCGUUGCCCCCCAGGUCUUCCAAUGCGCCCAAAGAGCCUCAAGAAACACGCGCUCCUGCCAACACGUUCUCAACGUUUACUACGACAGAGCCGCCUAUGCCCCAGACGAAAAAUAGCGAUUACGAGCGUGCUGUGCGCGAGUACCAUGAAGCCAUGGAACGUGAACGGCAAGGUAUUGAUGUCACUACCGGCUUUACGGAAAAGUCCCACUGGUAG